CUGGGCGCCGCCAUGUUUCGGGCAACAGCAGGACCGUGGUCCCUGCUCGGCCCCCGGAGCGCUGUGUCUCUCUCUCGGAUGAAGUCAGUGGCUGUCGCUGAGCCUGAGGGAUACAGGCCCCGGGAGGAGAUAAACAAGAGGUCUCAUAUCAAAUUGAAACCACAGAAACAAAUUUGCAAACCUGUUUUGGAACAUUUUGAUGAAAGAUAUGGACAAGAACUUGGAGAAUUAUGGGACAAAGUCAGAGAAGUGCUCCUGCUUCCUUCCAACUGGCAGUACGCUGUGCUUGUGAACAAGUUCAGUCAGUGUGUGACAUUUGAACGGUAUCUUCAGUCUAGGGGAUACUACAAUUUCCUAUCAGAUGUUUUACUCCUUACCCAGCAUUCUUUACGAUGUUACAUCAGCAAUGUCCAGUGCCGGUUCCCCAGACUCCAACAUUGUACUGAAAGGUUGAAGGACUACUACCUCUUAAAUGCAGCUUCCUUAGUGCCUGUCCUUGCAUUGGAUGUACAAGAUGGAGAGCGUGUGCUGGAUUUGUGCGCUGCUCCUGGAGGGAAAUCCUUGGCAAUAUUGCAAUACGCCACACCAGGUUUUUUUCUCUGCAAUGAAUAUAAUGUCUUGCGACACCAACGGCUAAAGCAAACACUUGGCUCUUUUGUACCUGAAGACUUAAGAAACGUGAUUUCUGUGACUGACCUGGAUGGCAGACACAUUGGUCCACAGUAUCCUCAAAUGUACAACAAGGUGCUAGUGGACACACCAUGUUCAAAUGAUCGAAGUUGGCUUUUCUCCUCUGAUGUCCUUCAGGCUUCCAUGAGGAUUACAGAGAGGCCUAAACUACCAGUUUUGCAGGGGCAAUUACUAAGGUCAGCACUUGAGGCUUUGCGUCCUGGAGGGACAGUGGUUUAUUCUACAUGCACACUGUCUCGAGCAGAAAAUGAUGAUGUUGUGGCCUCUGUCUUGAAUUCUUAUGACAACGUUCAGGCUGUGGAUUUAACAGGCUUGGCACGUUCCCUUGCUCAUAACUUCACGUUUGCUGAAGGUGUACAGUAUGGACAGUUAAUUGUGCCAGAACAAGGAAGAUUCUGGGGUCCAAUGUAUGUCAGCAAAUUGCUCAAGUUACGCUGAUUUGCAAUAAAGAUUUCAAGAGAUUCCCUCCCCAAGCACAGGAAGAGAGCUGAACACACAUACUGAAAAGAAGAAAACUCUCAGACUGUAAUGACUCAGUGAAGUAUCUAUAUUAUGUAAUGAAAUGAUUUACAUCAUCUGAUUUUUUUUUCCUACUGAAGAGCUCUGACCAAGGGUUAAUCUAAAUGUGGCAGAAUCUGGAAGGAAUGCACUUGAAUUUGGAAAGUGGCUCUGAAUAAAAGGUCCAAAUUGUUACCAUACAUUUAAGUAGAUUUUUAUUAAACACUGUUGUAGUGUUAUCUGAUAAUUAAAAGAAGAUACGUAUUACGGUAUUUUUCAUUUUCUCAUUCUUUGGCUUGUGCCAAAAUAAACCACUAAAUAGAUGGGCAAUUAAAGUUUUAAAAAAAUACAUGCUUUUUCUCCCUACCAGCAAUAUACUUAUUUAAUUACCUGUAAUGGGCAAAAUGCUCACUAGUAUAUUUCCCAGAAACCAAUAGAGGGACUCUAGAGAAUUGUUUUACCAAGGUCUUUAAAGUUGUUUUUGAUGGUGUGCAUCCCACCUUCCACACUAUAGCAUCGAUUCUUUGUUAGAUUUCUGAUAUACCAGGAACAGGGGGUUGGUUGUGGAAUGCAUCGUUUUCCCAGUUUCAAAAAUAAGCUAAUCCUUCUUUGCCUAUUAAUAUAAAAAGAUAAAUCACUGUAAAUAUGAAAUUAUACUGAAAAUUUGUACAAACAAAAAUGUCGCUGUACAUUCUGAAACAGCAAGAUUCUAAUCUUUGCUUGCAUGCAAAGCUGUUGAUAAAUUUGUCUGCAGGUGGUUAAGAUCUGUAUUAACACUUUUUACCUGUUGCAGCUAGACGGAAUUAAACUGUAAUGCUUUGUUGGAUAUAAUAGCCCUAUUUUGUUUGAGACCAGUAUCUAUUAGUAUAAUCAGAGACCAUUGGUGAAAAACUGCCAUUGACUUGCCAGUCUUAUUCCAUCAUCAGGACAACUGGUGCAAGAAAUGGAAAUGACAGCGAUGUAUAUACAAACAUACAAAAUUAUUGGACAGAAUAUGAGCUGACCCAUCUAGCAUGUCUGAUGCUGAUGUAGUGCCUAUGCAUUCCACUUCAGAUGCUCCUGAUUCAGCCGGAGCCAUUUUAACCUGAGAAAGGUGCUGAGGUUUAAACCGGUAGCGAGUAGAAUGAACUUUGUUUCUGAGCUUGCUGUCCCUGAAUAUGGAGCACUUAAGACUGACACCAUGUGGCAUUCCCCCACUAAAUGUAAGCAAACCUACUUUCACUGGUUUUCUUGUAAUUUUGAAAAAUUAAAGUCACUUCUUUGAGCUGAAAAUGACCUUUUAUGCAUUUCAAGUAUUUAAGUCAGGUGAUCUUCAAUUACUAGUAAAUAAUAUACUCUGCUGUCAUUAAGCUGUAGCAGUUACAUACGAACAAGGAACAAAAAUGUGCACCUGGCCCUUUGAGACUGCUCUACCAAUCAGUAAGAUGAUCUGAUAUUAACCUCAACUUUGCAUUUCUGCAUAACUCUGAUAACCUUUCUCAUCUAUUCUGCCGGUUCCCCUAUGUAUCUUCAAUAUUAUGCAUCUCCUUGCAUAUAGCAGUUUCUGUAUCCAUUUCUGCUUUCUUUCCCCUCUCAAUCUCUCCUCCUCCCUCUCAUCUCUAACCCGCUGUUCUCUUUUUCUCCCACGUUACCCCCCCACCUUAAAAUUUAUGAUCUCCAUUCCAGUCCAAUGUGCUCUUUUAUUUCACUUUCAGAAAAACAUUGCCAAGCUGAACGUAGAAAUGAGACAGGAGGAUGUACGUGAUGAGCAGAGGACUAGAAAUGUAGACGGCAAUAAUAGUUGGAAGUUAUAGAACAGUGACAUUGAAAAUUAAUUGGAAAUAUUGAUUCUGUACUAAAGCUCAUGGUAGGCACUGGCCAUUCUAAUUAUGAGGUAAUGGCAUUUAAUUGCUUUGUGAUUGGACUCUUAACAACUGAUGGUUAUCAGUCCCAUUUAUGAAAUACAAUAAAUGAUAAGUACAAAGCAUUUGCAAUAAGAAAAGCUUUAGAUGUUAUUAAAUGAUUACAUCAAUAGAAUAAAUUUAUGGCUUUUUAUGGUAAAUAUUUUUCAGAACACUGUUGUCUUCAGUAGUCAUACAAGAAAAAGCAAGACUGGAAACAGUGGUGCUUGCCUUAUCAACCUCAUGACACAUCCUGACAAUGUAGCCCCAGUCUUGAAGUCUGAAGAGUGCUCUGCAGUGGUCUUAGUGACAUUUCCAUUUUCAUGCUUUUGAGAGCUGACAUUGCAGAACUAGGGUAGUUUGUGCCGUGAAGUUUUAUUCACAAAGGACUAAUUGGAAGCUGCCACUGUUCAUUCCCUUUUAACUCGUAGCGGUUGCUGAAAAGAGGUGAUAUUUCUGUUUAUUCUCACUGACUGUUUGACUCCAGGUGACCAGAGGUGAAGGUUGUGCAGUACAUUUGCAAUAAAUUGUGAUGACAUGAUGUCACAAUCUGUAAAGGACAAAAUGCUGAGUCAAAUUGUGAUAAUUUUUCAUUGUGUAAUAUAUAAUUUACGUAGCUAUAAAUUAUUUUCAGAAAUAUAUUUUAUAACAUAGAAAGGUGUUUUAAGAUUAAUGCGUUGUUUUUAUUGUCUUGCAACCGGAUCAUUUAGAAAGGAAUACUCUUGAAUGGAAGAAGUAACUAUAUGUAGAUAUUUUGCUAAAAACAUAUUUUGACAAUUUUAAAUGUUCUAUCCUGCCUUUAUUGCAAUAAAACAACCUCAAUCAGCUUAUUUGUUUUUGUGCAGUACUUUUCAGUUUUCAACUGCAGCUGUGA